UGGCGCUGUUAUUACGAGUUUUUUGUGCGCGCUGGGGCGGGCGUGGAAAAUAGCCUGAGAAUAAUCGUUGGUGGAGCGCUGGACUUUUUUCGGACCUUGUUUUUCAUCCCGCUAUGACUUCGGAGCGGGAAGCCAGCAAAGAGGGCAUCAAGUUAUCAGCAGAGGUCAAACCGUUUGUCCCAAAAUACACGGCGGUAACAGUGGCAUGGUCAGAACCCUCAGAAGCAUGUGUCUUUCCUAGAUAUUAUACAACAUGCUACCCAUAUGUUCAGGAGCCACCAUUGGAUAAACAACAGGAAUGUAUUCAAGAUGCACCCUGGGAUACUACCACUUCUCUUUCCCAAUAUGCAUCUCAGAGUCUUACGGGAUGCCGUUCUCUUGGGGAAUACUCCAGUUCUUGUUCACUUGAUGCCACACCAAAUAUAUACACAGUUCCCAGCUGCAGCUCAUCUCAACAAGACAGAGACUAUGUCAAACAGACUUCUCUCAUCAGAAACGAGGCUGGAAACAUUCCAAGGAGGCGACCAAAACAUGAGGAACCCAAACUGGACUGUAAAAGGCCUGAAUAUAGUGACACAACAAGAAGGAGGUUGUUUCAUACUUCUCUGCAUGGCAAAAGUCUUAUUAAAUCAGACAGGCAUGGUAAAGCUGUGAACAAUAAAUACAAGCACAUUCCAAAUACGGAGUCGCUUCCAGAACCUGACUUUGAAAUUACCCUAUCUGAUUUCCCCAAAUUGCAAAGCCUGGGAAGUAAUGAUCUGCUUGAUCUUCAAAAACAUACCUGGUGGCCACUGGGUUCAGCUGAAGGAGAUACGCUGCCUUUGAAAUCCACAGGAAAACCAAAGGUUUCUGCUUUAAUAACCAAAGAGGGAGAAGCAUCUGUGAGAAGGCUGCCCCCAGAAAGUAGUUCUUCUGUUACUGGAAAUCCUCAGGUGUCUUCAAGUUCCUGUGCCAAGUCCCAGGUGUCUUGGGCCACUGUACUUGCACAAACGCCACAGAAAAUUGCCCCUUCACCUUCCGCUGUUCUUGCCAGCAUCCAUUCUGGCAGUGAAGGAAAAGCUGGUGUUCCUGAAGAUUAUAAGUCAGAAACAAGAGAGAAUGCCAGUGACAGUGAGACUGAAGACAUGUCAGAAAAGAAGAAGAAGAAAAAGAAGAAAAAAAAGAAAGCCAAAUCAAACAGUGAUUUGGAGAAGCUUCUUAAUGAAAGCACUUUAGUUCAGGAUCCACCACGAAUUGAGGAUGAUGAAGAAUUUCCUGACUUAGCUGCUGCUACUGAUAAAAACUACAGGCUAGGGACACCAAAGUUCUGCUCUUCAGCACCUGCUACCAGGGAGCAAAAUGAAGUAAUCCUAACAAGGGAAUCUGAGUGUGUAUCUAAUGAUGGCUAUCCUCACAAUCUGUUGGUAACCCUCAAGCCAGAUGUACUACCUGGAAAAGCAAGUGGACAGCCUUCUUCCAAUAUAACAGAAAAAAGGAAACCUCAGGGAUCCUCUAAGAGUAGUCGGAAGAAAAGCCAGCUUCCUGUGCAGCUGGAUUUGGGAGGGAUACUGACUGCUUUGGAACAAAAACAAUAUGCAGAGAAAUCAAAACAGUCACCAAAGCCUCUGGUGCUUUCAGUUGGUAGUGCAGUAACAUUGCCUUCAAAGGAAUCCUCACCUGUAAUAAAAAGUCAUCUGUUACACCAAGAAAAGGUUCCACAUAACCCAUUGGACUCCAGUUCUCCUUUGGUCAAGAAGGGAAAGCAGAGAGAAGUCCCUAAGGCAAAAAAGCCAACGCCACUGAAAAAGAUUAUUUUGAAAGAGAGAGAGCAGCGGAAGCAGCAACAUCUUUUAGAACAGUCAGAGAUUCUGAAGGAUAAAAAAGCUGAUCAGUCGUGUACAGAAUCUUCUCCUGAGGACCAGUUAGUUUCUCAAGACACCAAAGCAGAGACUGCAGAAGAGCCGCCUGUGGAUCCUGUAAUUGUGACUCAAAGUAAUACAGAAGUACCUGUGCACUGUAUAGAAGUCAGUGGUUCCUUGGAGAAUUCCCUCAUUCCUACACAGCUAAAUUCCACCCUUCCUAAGAUCCACAGCAGAAGGUUUAGAGAUUACUGUACCCAGGUCCUUAGUAAAGAGGUUGACAGCUGCGUAACUGAUCUUUUGAAAGAGCUGGUUCGCUUCCAAGACCGCCAGUAUCAGAAAGACCCAGUCAAGGCCAAGACGAAACGCAGGCUUGUUAUGGGGCUGAGAGAAGUGUUGAAACACCUGAAGUUGAAAAAAUUGAAAUGUGUCAUCAUUUCUCCAAACUGUGAAAAAAUUCAGUCAAAAGGUGGCUUGGAUGAGACUUUGCAUCUCAUCAUUGACUUCGCUUGUGAUCAGAAUAUCCCGUUUGUUUUUGCUCUCAAUCGCAAAGCUCUAGGGCAUUGUUUGAACAAAGCAGUGCCUGUCAGUGUGGUGGGAAUAUUCAGUUAUGAUGGUGCUCAGGACUGUUUUCACAAAAUGGUGGAAUUGACCAUGGAAGCACGGUUGGCGUAUAAGGAAAUGAUUGCAGCUAUACAACAGGAGUGUGCUGGUGAAGAAAAUGGAAGUAACUGUACCAGCUCUAAAAUCAGUUACAGAGAGAGCAAUUUACAAGAUGCCAGUAAAGCGCCCUCUCCAGAGUUGGAUGAGGAAGUCCCAAAUUACAUUAAAAUCUGGAAGAGAAAGCUUGAGGAGGAGUAUAAUCCUUAUGUGCUGGAGCUGGAAAAUCGAGCAACUGCUGGAACACUGAAUUUUGAAGAGCCUCAGUAAAUCAAGACUGCCAUCUUUGGCCUUAAUGGUUUUGUGUGUGUAUGUGUGUGUAGAUAGGUAGGUAGGUAAGCAGAUAGAUGUAAAUACUAAAUUAUCAAAAAUUGAUUAUCCAGGUGACAAGAUAGUGUGUAUAAUCAAGAAGUUGUUCAAAAUAAUGUCAUUACCUUGUUUCACAAAUUAAUUACACUGGUUGUAUCUCUG